AUGGCCGCCUCGAAGCCCGUGGAGGCCGCUGCUGCGGCGGGGGGAGGCGGCGGCGGCUCCGGCUCGGGGCUGCCGCGCUGGCAGGUGGCCCUGGCGCUGGGGGCGCCGCUGCUGCUCGGGGCCGGCGCGCUCUACCUGUGGGCCCGGCGGCGGCGCCCGGCGCGCGGGAAGGGGCCGAGCGAGAGGAAGACGCCGGAGGGAAGGGCCAGCCCGGGCCCCGCCGCCCCCGGGGGCAGCCAGCCCGACGGGCCCGGGCACGAGGAGAUGAGCCCUCUUGAUAGAGCCCAAGCAGCAAAGAACAAAGGCAACAAGUAUUUUAAAGCAGGAAAAUAUGAGCAAGCCAUUCAGUGCUACACAGAGGCCAUCAGUUUAUGUCCCCCUGAGAAAAACAUUGACCUUUCUACUUUCUACCAGAACAGAGCUGCUGCAUAUGAACAACUGCAAAAAUGGAAAGAAGUGGCACAAGAUUGCACAAAGGCAGUUGAGCUUAAUCCUAAAUAUGUGAAAGCUCUCUUCAGACGUGCAAAGGCAUAUGAGAAACUAGAUAAUAAGAAGGAAUGUUUAGAAGAUGUCACUGCGGUCUGUAUUUUAGAAGGUUUCCAAAACCAGCAAAGCAUGUUGUUAGCUGAUAAAGUUCUUAAACUCCUUGGAAAAGAAAAGGCCAAAGAGAAAUAUAAGAACCGUGAACCUUUGAUGCCCUCUCCACAGUUCAUCAAAUCUUACUUCAGCUCUUUCACAGAUGACAUCAUCUCCCAAACUCUGCUUAAGGGUGAGAAAUCUGAUGAAGAUAAGGACAAGGAGGGGGAGGCCUCAGAAGUUAAAGAAAACUCUGGAUAUUUAAAGGCAAAGCAGUAUAUGGAAGAAGAAAACUAUGAUAAAAUCAUCAGCGAGAGCACAAAAGAAAUUGACGUUAAAGGCAAAUAUAUGGCAGAAGCUUUGCUGUUGCGAGCCACUUUCUAUCUGCUUAUUGGCAAUGCAAAUGCUGCCAAACCUGAUCUAGAUCAGGUCAUCAGUAUGGAAGAUGCUAAUGUAAAGCUCCGUGCUAAUGCCCUGAUCAAACGAGGUAGUAUGUAUAUGCAGCAGCAACAGCCUAUGCUGUCCACUCAAGAUUUUAACAUGGCGGCUGAUAUUGAUCCUCAGAAUGCAGAUGUUUACCACCACAGAGGACAGCUGAAAAUCCUUCUUGACCAAGUUGAAGAGGCUGUGGAAGACUUUGAUGAAUGUAUUCGAUUACGACCAGAUUCUGCCUUGGCACAAGCACAGAAAUGUUUUGCAUUGUAUCGCCAAGCCUAUACUGGAAAUAAUCCUUUACAAGUUCAAGCAGCUAUGAAAGGCUUUGAGGAUGUCAUUAAAAUAUUUCCAAGGUGUGCUGAAGGUUAUGCGCUCUAUGCUCAGGCAUUAACAGAUCAGCAGCAAUUUGGUAAGGCUGAUGAAAUGUACGAUAAAUGUAUUGACCUUGAGCCAGACAAUGCUACUACAUAUGUUCAUAAAGGUUUACUUCAACUUCAGUGGAAGCAGGAUCUAGACAAAGGCUUGGAGCUCAUAAGCAAGGCCAUCGAAAUUGAUAACAAAUGUGAUUUUGCAUAUGAAACUAUGGGAACGAUUGAAGUGCAAAGAGGCAAUCUGGAUAAAGCCAUUGAAAUGUUCAACAAAGCUAUUAACCUGGCCAAAUCUGAAAUGGAGAUGGCCCACCUCUACUCACUCUGUGAUGCUGCCUAUGCCCAGACAGAAGUUGCAAAGAAAUAUGGACUGAAACCGCCAACAUUGUAAAGAAGCAAUGGGGGGAGGGAGAGAAUGACCUUUUAAAAGAAAAGUUGCCCACUUCAACCUAGCCUUGAAGACACUGUUGCAAACGAUGUUGAAUGGUGGAACUUAGUUUUUUCCCGUUCGUGGUGUUGUCAUUUGUUACAUCUGUUAAAUGUUUAGGUGUUGUGGGAGUGGCUGUUGAAGGAAGUAUGCUGUGCUGCGACUUGUUCCCUAUGCAGUGGAAACCUUAUCAGCUGUUAAGGGAAAUAAAACAAAGUUGCAAGGGAACAAAGGAUAUUUUGGCCAUGCAAAUAAAAACUUUAAUUUUUGGGUGAUGAUGAUGAUGAUGUGGUCGAUUUUUGCUUUAUCAAAAUAGAAUUUUACAGCAUGUUUUCCUGUUGAUUUUAUAGUUGUUAAUGGUGCUGUAAAAUAGGUUUCUUUUAUAUGCAAUUAAUUUCUAUGGGUUGACUUUAGUUUUGCAAAAACAAAACUUAAUUUACAAAACUAUUUAAUUGUAGGGAUUUUUUAAAAGCCAAUAGAUGUGAAGACAAGCCCUGUAAAUACAUCCAAGCAUGCACAAUCUUCCCUUACAACCUCUUCCACCCUCUGCAUAACUACUUAGAAAUAGUCCUGUGGCAGCUAUGAAGAGGUUACUUUGGUAGUCCUUUCCCUCUCCCCAAAAUGCACUUCUGUACUAUAUUUGAGAGCUAUUUAAAAAAGCUUUCCACAUAAAGCGUAGGUUAUGCUGAAAAGGAAAACGCCCUUUCCUUCUACAGUUGUCCUCACUCUAAUGCCAGUGGAAAUUGUUAAAAAGUUUCCCAGUGCUUCUGAGAAUUUUUCAAGAAACUGAAUGUUCUGCUGAGACUGGAACUGCCAAGGUACGGUCGUGUCUGAGUUCAAACUUGGGACAGUUCAGACUUUUGGCCUAGAUGUAACAGAUAAUAUGGUGUUUAAAUUUCAGCUCAAGAAAUGCAUACAUCCUUGUUCUAGCCAAGUGUUUGUAAAUACCCAUGAGAGGAUUGGAUGAGCAAAUGAACAAAGCUGUCUGAACUGCCCAAUAAUGGAUUUGGAAUCUUAAUUUUCUUGUUGCUUAGAGCUCAUAUUUGCUAAAACGACAAAUAUUCUGUACAAAUAACACAGUUGUUCAGUGAACAGCACGUUCUUUGAUUGACUUUUUCUUAAAACACUAGUAUAAACGAAGUCUUCCUAUGGCUAGAAAUUGUAAAGGGGACUGUAGAUGCUGCUCAUUACUCUUUGGAACCAAAGUCAGUCCAUGAUUGCCUCCCACUAGCUUCAUGGGAUGUAAGAAGCUCUUAAUAUCUUGCAGAUGUUUAUCUUGCAGCUCAUCAAAUUUCAUAACUUUAGUUUUGGAUCUUAUCUCCACCCCCAACAUAUAUGCAAAUCUAUGGUGACUUUCUAAUCUAUGUCACUUAAAGGAAUGAGCUAAGCAAGUGCAAAACUAAAACUGCUAGCUCUGUCAUCUAAUGGAGCCAAGCUGUAUUUUUUUACCUCAGCCUCCCUGUCUUUCCCCUUCCCUCCCAGCAAUUGCUCUGAAUAAUGGGAUGGAGGAGGACCUGGAGAUAUACUGGCUUAAUCCUUCCAUUUACACGAUUCAGGAAGUCAUUUGCUUCUGAACCAGUGGUAUUGGUGUGGAAUGAAAGCUGGUUGAAGACACACGCAGGAUCAAAGGACACGGCAUUAAAGAAGAGCACUGGGCUGCUUAUGAAAUUUUCAAUCUGUGUUUCUAUUAAUCGAAAACAAAAACAUGCCAGAUCCUCAGAAACUACUCAGAAGCGUGACCGUAUCCUUUUCUCCAGCAGGGUUUUUAUUUGCAUGGCCUUAUCUACAACGGACAGUUAUUUUUCCUGCUCCUUCUCUUCCUCCAAAAGAUUAAGGGGAAAAAAAGCAUGUGCUGCCUAAUACUAGCAUUCCACAUCACGGGCUGUUGCUGCUCUUCAGAUAGUUGAAACCGCACUGAAAGAUGCAUUUGUCUGUAAUUUUUUUUUGUAAAUGACUUAUCACCUGUAAAGUCACCAAAUAAAUAUUACAUUCAAAUAUCUCUCUUUUACAUAAUAAGGCCAGGUUUUGGUGGAAAAUUACUUACCUGCUAAGUGGAAGUUGUACAAAUCUAGAAUUGUGUUUUGUGUAAGCAAGGUUUCUGUGAAUCGAGGAGGAACUGAUUCUAACUAAUGAAUAUUCAAAACUCCCUUUUGUCUUCUCCCCAUUUCUCCUCCAAAAGAGAGUGGGAUGAAUAAACAACCCAACCUGUGACUCCUGUCAUUUGCUUAGGCACAAUGUUAAGAACUUAACAUGAGGAAAGGCCAUCCAAUCUGUAGUGAGGAAACUGAGCAGUCUGCAUUCCACUUACAUGUAUGCCGUCACAUCCCUUCGCUGUGCAGUUUCUGCUCAGAAUCCCAGUAAUAGCAUGCUGUAGGGAUGACCAUUAAGAAUUGCCUUAAAGCCAGGAAUGUAAACCAGCUUUUAAAAAUUCCUAUGUUUUCCAUAGUUUAUUUAAAACAUAAUCUAGGGAAAGUGAGCCACUGAUUCUGCAGACCUCAGUGCAGACUUGGUGCACCAGGUACUGUGAGAAGCAGCUUCCCCACAUGUUUCUGCCAUGUAGCUUAAUUCUGAUUUUGUAAAAUCCCUGCUAUUCUAGUUCUUGCACAAAGAGUCUUAGAGAAGCAUGCCAAAUAGUUCACAAGGUGCAUAAAUGGCGAUUAGGAAGAGAUCAUGCUUCAUUUGUGACUUAAAUCAUCAGGAUUUGAACCCAGAUUCCAAAGAUGAAAAACUAAGGCAGGCUUCCAAAACUAAAUUGUAAUUAUUCAACAAGUGGUCUAUAUAGUCUAUUGGACUGGUGAGUGAGAGCAGCUGAAUCAGUAGGGAUAGCUCGUCCCAGACCUCCCAACAGCGCUCAUACCAGCUUUCCUGCCUUCUGUCUAAAUGCAAGAUAUUGCCCUCUUUUCUGUCAUUCCUAAAACUACUUUUUCCUGGCAGCUGAACUUUGGGGAAUAUGCUGAUGCUGGUGGUUUUCUAUAUUUAUAGAAUUCUGAUGCAUAUAUGUAUAAUACAGCACCUUAAUAAAGUAUGUCUUUCAUCAGCACAGAUAAUAUUAAUGACUGCUUUAACUAUUAAAUAGUGUAAGAAUGG